UGCAAUCCACUACUCGGCCGGCCUAGCUCCUCCGUCGCUGCCGCGGCGGACGCGCUCUACAAAGCCGCAGCACAGCACAGCCGGCAGCAGCAGCCAGCGACAGCAACGGCAACGGCGUCGCGCGCGCUGCUGCCCCCACACCACACCACACGCACCCACAACACCACCGCAGCGGAAAGCAGCCACAGCCUCCUUCGCCCACCGCCCCGCCCCGCUCCCCUGUCCGGCCUCUCCGUUCGUUCCUCUCUCUUCUCUCCCGCACUUCUUCCUCCACUCCACUCCACUCCACUCCACACACACAAACACCCACCCACCCACCCACCCACCUGGCCGGCCGGGGGCGGGCGCCCCACACCCACCUGGCCUUGAUGACUACUGCGCCCAACAUCGAGAUGAUCGCCUCCUCGCUGCGCCACUGCUCCCUCACCGGCGGCGCCGGCGGGAGCGGGCGGCGCCGGGGAGGAGGCACCAGGCGCCGCGAGGGCGGCGACGACAGCGACGGCGUCACCGUCGAGCUCAACUCCGAAGUCGCGCUUCCCUACCACUGGGAGCAGUGCCUCGACAUCCGGACGGGGCAAGUGUACUACAUCAACUGGGAGGACGGCACCCGAACGACGGUGGACCCGCGCACGGCGUCGGCGGCCUUCUCCUCGCCGACGCCGCGCUCCACGUCGUCGGCGUCUCGGCGCACCCGCCGCGCGUCCACGCCGUCGUCGGAGUACACCUCCGUGUCGUCCGUGGGCGCGGACGUCACUACGGGCGCGUGGCGGGGCAACGAUAGCGGCUACGACAACGACGACGAGGAAGAGGACGACGGCGAGGCGGAGGAUCACGACGACGACGAGGAGGAGGAGGAGGAGGAGGACGAGCUCGACGCCGAGAGCAGCAGCAGCAGCACCACCACCAGCAGCUCCAGCAGCACGGGCAGCAGCCGGGGGUCGGCCGUGUCGUCCACGCUCUCGUCCUUCUCGCCCACCGACGAGUCCGGCUCCGGCGACAACGGCGGCCGAGGCCUGGGCGCCGCCGGGCACGUGCUCGUGGCGGCCGGGUGCCGCGCCUGCUUCAUGUACUUCAUGGUGCCGAAGCGCGCCGACGUGUGCCCCAAGUGCGGCAGCUCCGGCCUCCUCCACCUCAGCCGCAACGGCUACGCCUGAGAUGCAUGAGAUCGCCGCCGGCCGUAGUUAAUUGUAGGGGGACCUCUCCUGUCGCGCAGAGGCAGGCAGUCGUGCAAGCAAACUCAUCAAGAAAACUAGGGAGUACUACGAGUUUUUGUUGGCUUGGCUUCCAUAAAAACUAGGAGUACUACGAGAGUUUUUUUGUUGCAGAGAGGAUUAGGGAGAGGUCCCCAGAGACCCAAUCUUUUGCCAUUCAUUUUCCUGCUACAUUGUACGCCAAUUGCCAAUGUAUGGGAGCAGAGAGGAACCAUGCAUUCCUUGAUUUCUUUUUCUUUCUUUUCUUUUUUCUUUCUCCUCCCUCCUGUAUUUUCCUUCCCUGGAUGUCACUGUUUUUCCUCUUACGUUUCUUCUGCUUGUGAAAUUCAGCCAACUAGGUAGAGAGAUCAGGCUAACCUUUUUUUCUUUAUUUGCGUUAUAUUUGUUCUUAAAAUUGACCCUCAUCAACAGUAACCACAUGUAUUUGUGCCCCCUGUUCGUUUUACUCAUAAGCAGGCUGAUAAAUAUCA